AUGAAAUAUUUCAGUAAACUAAGCACAUAGUAUUCUAGAUUGCUAUCUCCUUUGCCUGCCAAAGCUAAUCUACAGAGAUUAAUUAAACAGAGAUAAUUUUCAACCAUAAAUGACUUGAACUAAGAGUACCAAGUUGAUAGUAACAGCAUUAUACCAAGAUAAAAAUCCGAAAUAUAAAAAUAGGGAAUCGAUGACUCAGGCUGGAUAUCAAAGCUUAAGAAUAGGAAGAUAGUUGCCAUCAAGGGUGCCGAUUCUACUAAGUUUUUGCAAGGCCUUAUCUCUUAGGAUAUGAGCUUGUUUGAGAAGGAUGGUUCUGAUAGAGCUUCAAUCUACACAAGCUUCUUGAACGUGAAAGGCAAAGUGCUAUUAGAUGGUUUUCUGGCUAAGCCACUCCUUGCUAACCAAGUUUAAGAUGAUACAGAGUACUGGCUGGAUGUGGCUGACUAUGAUGUAGAUGACCUGUAGAAGCAUUUGAAGAAAUAUGCCAUAAGAAAGAAGAUUAAAGUUGAAGACAUAUCACAUAUAAUAUCAGCUUAUGCGAUUUAGACUCUCCAAGGCGUUGAUUGCAAAGAGGGGCAUUUCUUUAGGCCACUUUAGGACACCGCUACUAUGUUUGAAAGUGAAGAGUUUCCAGGCCAAUUUGAAACUGAUAUAGCUUGCUUUACUGAUCCAAGAACGAAUUACAAUGGAGUGAGGAUACUUUGUGCGGAGGGUAGCUUUGAGUAUGACGACCCAGACAUUGCAGUAUAUGAAAAUGAUGAGGAAUAUAAAUUUACUAGAAUGACCUUAGGACUCGUUGAAGGCAGCAAAGAGUGCUCCAAUCAGUUCCCUCUGCACUUGAACUUUUAGCAACUAAAUGGAGUCUCAACAACUAAAGGAUGCUAUGUUGGCUAAGAAAUAGUGUAAAGAACUACUCAUAUGGGUACUUUAAGGAAGUAGGCAUUGCCUUUUAUGUUGCAGACCAAUGACAGGUUUGUUGUCAACCAGAACAUGUUCGCACCUCUGAGAAAUAAAGAUGAUUAGUUUACAGAGGAUUUAACUGGUUUAGAGAUUAAAGAUGAAAAGGGAGGAAAGAUCGGUAAAAUUCUUGCAUCUUAAUAUAAUGCUGGAGUAGCUAUGAUUGAUCUCCUAAAGCUAUACAACUAAAAAUAAAAUGCUAAAUUCUUCCUGAAUGACAGGAGAGUCAUGCUCUGGCAGCCAACUUGGCUUAAACUCUAUGACAUUGAGUAAGAAAUUGCAGAACAAGACCCUAAUGACCCAAAUGCCAAGGAGGACCAGGAAAUGGUUAAAGACUUUGAAAACUAGAUGAAGUCUGUUCAGCAAGGCAAUGUCACCCCUGAUAUGAAAAUAUCUGGAAAAAAAUGA